UCUAGUACGCACGGCCUUCCUAUAUAGGCAUAGAUGCAACGAUUCGGCGCUGCUGUGGCAUAGGCCUUGUAAAUAUUAUUGUAUUCAUCUAAUUGGGUAAUCCAUCACUGUUGGACUGGCCGUGACCGUGUCUGGGACCAGGACCAAAAUACUUUGAUAGUCUCAUUACCAAAUUGGUUGAUCCCAUUAUUAGUUAGUUACACAGUACGGAGUACGGAGUACAGUCCAGCCACUUCCCCCUUUCAGAUCGUCCCGGUGCAAUUUCCUCAUUAUUGGCGCCACCACAGCACCCGUGCCUGAUUGCGACGUUGAUUGUUUUCCAGAUCCCCAGCUUCUAACACGAAGCUAACCUCAGAGCUUUCCCAGGCCCCUGCCAGUGGUGGACCAGCUUUCCAACAGGCCUUAAUAUUCCAGAGGGAUCCGCAUGGAUGCCUUUGCCAACGCCUCCGAAGUCCAAACGGGCCGAAGCUAUUGAUGACUCCGGUAUUGAUCCCGAUUCCGAACGUCCUCUUCUACACUCCCGACGCUCGUCUGGACUUAGCCAGACCUCGAGGACCUCGCAGCGACAGGGCGUCCCCUGUCGUCCCUCUGACAACAACUGCCUCAAUGGCUUAAACUCGAAGAGUUCCUCCAAGCAAAGACCUUCCGUAAGAUUCUCGCGUCAACACCACGACAAGGGUGAAUCCACGGACGAGUCUGACGAGGACGAAACAAUGACCACCAAUCGGCCUCCCUCGAACCGGAUAGGGGAUCGCCGGUCCAAGUCACAGGUGCCCUUGUUGAGGAAGGAUGAGGAACGGGGCCGGCGGCUGAGCAGUCCAGUUUCUGCUGAUGGCAAUGAGGUGACUCGGCCUAGUUAUAUGACGAGGAGGAGGUCGGCAUUGAGAAGUAGAACUCCUGAGUAUGACCCUCAAAAUGCUACACGGAGGAAAUACUAUAUCGCCUCAUUCUUCCUCGUGGUGAGCUUGGUGAGUUUUGUCGUCCAGACGGAAACGGCUGUUUAUAUUCAGCAUAACUUAGGAUGGGAGAAACCGUACUGCAUGCUUUAUUUAACCCAUGGAUCUUGGAUUUUCCUUUGGCCUAUGCAAUUGCUGUUACUCCGAAUCCAGAAACGUAAACUUUCAUGGGAUGCAUUUUGGAGACGGCAUGUCUAUCUUCUCCGGACCACGGCGCAGAUGGUCGAAUCCCGUAAUCUUCACCUCACCACCCGAGACCUCCAUCACUCACCAAUCCCUUACAUACUCCGAACCACUGCACUGAUUACAACCGCGCUGACUGUUGCCGGUGGUUCAUGGUACGUCGCCGUCAACUUAACGACCGCGAGCGAUCUGACGGCAAUUUACAAUUGUUCUGCCUUUUUUGCCUACGCCUUUUCCAUUCCACUCCUUAAUGACAAACUACGAUUCGACAAAGUAUUUUCUGUCGUCGUUGCCAUCAUUGGUGUGCUUGUUGUUGCCUAUGGGCCUUCUAGCCCUCCUCCGGAAAAUGGAGGUGAUGCAGCCCAAGAUGCAAAGGAUGCGUCGAGCAGAGCUCUGGGCAACAUCAUCAUCGGUGUGGGUAGUAUUCUUUACGGUUUAUAUGAGGUCUUGUAUAAGAGAAUGGCUUGUCCUCCGGAAGGCACAAGCACGGGGCGUGGUGUGACAUUCGCAAAUACUUUUGCAAGUCUGAUCGGGGCCUUCACGUUAUUUGUCCUCUGGAUACCCUUGCCGGUUUUCCACAUUCUUGGUAUUGAGACGUUCGAGUUGCCGCGCGGCCAAGCGGCAAGUCUUCUACUCAUAUCCGUGAUUGCAAAUGCUACAUUCUCCGGCUCCUUCCUUGUCCUUAUCUCCCUAACCUCCCCCGUGUUAUCCUCAGUCGCCGCCCUCCUCACAAUCUUCCUGGUCGCCAUCGUCGACUGGAAGUUAACGGGUAUACCCCUCAGCUCCGCCUCGAUAUACGGGGGCAUCCUUAUCAUCAUUGCCUUCUUGCUCCUUAGCUGGAGUACAUAUCGUGAGUUAGACGAAGAUAGACGGAAACGAUCAGCCGACAAUAGACCGGAUUCUGAAAGUGAUGUGUAAUUUAAUUUAAAAGCAAUUCGCACAUCACACACCACCAGAGCCUAAGAUGAGAAGUUGUAUGUACAAUGCAUUGCAGGUGAAAUUGAGGAAUGUUUGAUCGAUAUGAAAGCAUACACAUACCCUUAUGCGAUUCCCCAUGUGUCAGAUGGGGAAAUCUGGUACGCAUGAGUCACACUGCAGAUUUAUCAAAAUACUAUGAGAAUCUGCCUUGUCCUUUUCGUCUUCUUUUAUUGUCCCCUUACGCCCAUUUAUAUAUUCUGAUUAGUUCAUGACCUCCCUCAUUUUCCCUGCUCCUCUUCUUUUCCCUUUUUAUUUCCUCAUUUCAUAUCGAACCCCCUUUUUAUGUGACAUGACAUAAAGGAAGAUUUUUAACAAGGAAGAAAAAAACCCAACAUAUUUUAACAUUGUUACUGGGCGGCUAUAUUCACUCACAUUCGUAUAUCAUGUUCAUUUCUCAACCCUUUUUCCCACCACAGGAUCUAGAUAAAUUUUCUUUUCUUGGGUAUUUUAACUUUUUCUUUCUUUUCCAGUAUCACUCCUUUUUUUCAUUCUCAUUUCCUUGAUCUCGUCAACUUUGUAUUUUAUAUAUAUUUAGGUACCUUGACUACAUAGCGUAUAACAUGCAAGGACAAGAACGAUCAAGCCUUUCGCCCUCAUAGCGGCGUUGCUACGCCGCACACCUUCACACCUGGGACUGUGUGUGGAAACUCCCGAGCGUCAUUAACUCCCUCCCACACAAACCCCAUACGCGUAUUUUUUUCUUCCGUUGGCCUUUUUUUCUUUCUUAAUCUUCCUCCAUCCUCCCACCCCCCCUUUUUUGGCAUAAACUGAUUCACAAAAACCCUUGCAGAAAUAUCCCCUGACGCUCAGAUUUUCUGCGCUAUGUAUUAAAUUGCUUUCCAUGGUCGUUGGCUAUUUAUUACCUUACCCUCUUUCUCCUCCCUUUUUCGUUUGUGGGGUGAUAGUCCACAUGUUUUUAUCAUGUAAGUAAGGAAUUUUUGCCGUUGAAUUACUUUAUUUUAGGACUUAUUUUAUCCGCCGGGUUUUCUUUUUUCUUUAUAUAUAUAUAUAUACACUCACUUGCCUCUAGUCCGACGGUUCUAUGUACAUACCCUUUGUUUCCGCCCGUGCUACCCUUCUUUCUUUCAUUUUUUGAAAUGUACACGCACAUGUACGUACAUCGUUACCGCGAGAAUAGGGUGAAAUCACACUUGGUUCUCUCUUGUGGAAUUUGAUAUACUUUGGAUCACCCGAGGAGGGAAGGGGUGUGCUGAGGGAGGGUUGUUGAAUUUGUUUGGUGAUAGAUCUUUAGAUAUAGAUGGGUGGAUGGCGUGGUUCGCUGUUUUAGAUAUAUGUAUGUAUGAAAGAUAUAUUCGUAGGGAGCAUACGUCGUUAACUAAUUUAGAG